AUGUCUCGUCAUCCAAUUAGUGACGCGCAUGAAUGGAUUGACGAGAUUCUCACUGUCCCUAUCUACUAUCUAGCGAAACCACAGCCAAGGGAACGGGCUUGGCAAAAUAGACGGGGAAAGAAGGGCCUGUUUAACUUCACUCUAGUUUGA